UUUAACCGCCUCGUGAUGUCAUACUGCGGUCAGUCUGAUGUUGAGGCAGCUUCGCGGCACCAGCACUUAGUACUUAGCCCAGCGCGACCAGAAGCAUUCAGGAUGGACUGUAAGAUGCUACUCGCGGCUGUACUCCUGGCGGUGGCGUGCCUCACGUCUCCCGCACAGGCCGCAUUCACCUGCCCCAAAACAGCUUAUGCCGUGGAGAACCAGAAUACUCCCAAAUGCCCGACGACCCUGGCCAAUGACAUCAAGACCCAGCAAACUGCAGCGGACAAAGUCAAGGCGGAUGUUGCGAAGGCGAAGUCCCAGAUGACCGCCGACAAACAAAGUCUGGAGAGCUCACUGAAUCUGGAGAAGAGUAAAAGGGCAGCAGCAGCCACUAAGGUGACGGGUCUAAUGACCAAGGCCACCGCCCUACAGACAGCCGCCACCGCUGCCACCACUGCCGCCACCGGCACACAGGCAGCCAUCACCAACCUGAAGAGGCAGAUGCAGCUACUGAAGCAAAAAGUCAACUCUCUGGAAGCAAAGGCCAACGCAGCUAAACCCGCCGGUACCGGUACCACUGGUACCACAGGCACUGGUACCACAGGCACCGGCACCACCGGCACCGGUACAAAACCAGGCGGUACCACCGGCACCGGUUCCACUGGUACAGGUACCACGGGCACUGGUACCACGGGAACCGGUACCACGGGCACCGGUACCACCGGUACUGGUACCACGGGCACUGGUGGUACCGGCGGCGCUACGAAGCCCACCCAUCCUCAAGACUGCGGAUUGAUCCACAAGCAGAACCCCAGUAAACCGUCUGGACUGUACAGCACCAAGGUCCCAGGGGAGACGAACUUUGUCAUCACCUACUGUGACAUGACCACUGACGGGGGCGGCUGGACUGUCAUCCAAAGGCGUAAGGCGGCCACUCCGUCUUUCGACAGGCCGUGGAACGACUACAAGAACGGAUUCGGGCAGCCCAUGGACAGUUUCUGGUGGGGGCUGGAGAAGGUGUACAAGGUGACGAAGGGAGAGAACUUCCGCCUGCGCAUCGAGAUGGAGGACACACAAGGUCUGAAGAAGAGCGCCGUCUAUGACAACUUCAGAAUUGACAGCGAGCUGAACAAGUACAAGUUGACCGUCGGCAAGUACUCAGGCAAUGCUGGGAACGCCUUGAUGACUCAUAACGGGAUCAAGUUCAGCAGCAAUGAUCAGGACAACGACGACUACAUACCGGAUAGCUGUGCUAAGGCCUACCGCGGAGGAUGGUGGUAUAACGACCACUGUUUCGACGCCAACCUGAACGGCUACUACAGCGACAAGAACCCCACCGGCUCUAGCGGCUUCUGGCUGCCUUUCAACGGCUACAAGGGCCUGAAGGCGUCCGCCAUGAUGAUCCGUCACAUGGACUACAACCCUCCUAAAUCUGGGUAAAAUCGCCGUCACUAUUGUAUCCAAGAUGUGCUACUAUCCAAGUCGUGCUUUGUAUCACCCAUUCUGGAUAUCCAGGAUUGGUCCCGUUCGGAGCACGACUUGAAUGGAGCGCGUUAUGGAUAGAAUAGUUCCAACAUGAGAAAAUGUAAUAAUGGAACACCGAAAAAUUCUCGUGCGUAAUGUUAACGUUACAACGUGAACACUUGAUGUUCAGCCAACAUUGCGUUCUGUCAUCGAAUGUGAAAUGAGUAAAAUUAUGAUUUCAUACAUCGAUCAUUGUAUUUUGCAAGAAGGCUCUAGUAGACUGAGAUCGUACAACUUGUUUUUCAAUAUACCCUUACAGUUAAAAAUUGCGUCAAAUACAGUUGAAUUAUCAAUAAAGAUAUGCAAACAAAU